AUGCUCAAAUACCUCGCCUUGCUUCUCGUCUUUGAAGUCCUCCUCACUGGCGUGCAUACACAUCCGCACACGGCAUCCAAGCAGGUCUGCACCCAUGACGCAAGCGCCCGCAACUGCUGGGGUGACUAUGAUAUAUCCACCGACUAUUACGAUGUUAUUCCUGACACGGGCGUGAUCCGCGAGUACUGGUUUAAUAUUGUGAAUACUACUGCAGCUCCAGACGGAUUUGAGCGCGUCGUCUUGAGUGUGAAUGGUUCCGUUCCAGGGCCUACUAUCGUCGCCGACUGGGGAGAUACCGUGGUGGUUCAUGUCACCAAUUUUUUGGAAAACAAUGGUACGAGCAUUCAUUGGCACGGCGUUCGUCAGAAUAUGACCAAUUACAUGGAUGGCGUUCCAGCAAUAACCCAGUGUCCCAUCGCACUUGGCCAUAGCUUUACCUAUCGAUGGCGCGCAUCCCAGUAUGGCUCCUCUUGGUACCAUUCACAUUUCGCAGUACAGGCAUGGGACGGUAUUUUCGGAGGCAUCCAAAUUAAUGGACCCGCAACUGCGAAUUAUGACGAGGAUAAAGGUGUUCUCAUCCUCAGCGAUUGGUCGCAUAAGACUGCUCCAGUGCUCGCGCUAGAAUCCGCUAUAUCCGGGCCACCACCGCAAACAAAUGGUCUGAUCAACGGCACAAACGUCUUUAAUGGCACAGGAUCACGUUUCGAAACAAAUUUCGUCGCCGGUACUAGUUACCGUCUGAGGCUAAUAAACUCAGCAGCCGACACCCAUUUUCGUUUCAGCAUUGAUGAUCAUAUCUUGACAGUGAUCAGCAAUGAUUUCGUACCAAUCGUGCCAUACAACACGACUAAUCUUAGCAUUGGGAUCGGUCAGCGCUACGACGUUAUAGUGCACACCAAUAAAACAACCACUGGUGAUUUCUGGAUACGAGCUGUUCCCCAGAAAGAGUGUUCGACAAACGAGAACCGUGACAACAUUCGUGGAAUAGUACGAUAUAAUAGCUCAUCAACUCUAGAGCCAAAUACUAGCGCCUACACGACGAUCGAUUCUUGCAGUGAUGAAGAAUCGAAAAAUUUGGUGCCUUAUCUAUCCAUUCCCGUCGCCUCUACUCCGUCAGCUAUCGAAAGGGCUGAUGCAAACCUUCAGAGAACAGAUGUUGGCACUGUACGUUGGGCUGUGAAUGGUACUUCGUUCGUCUCCCAAUGGAAGUACCCGACCUUAUUGCAAUCGACCGAAGGCAACAAUACGUGGACGAAGCCACAGAUUGUCGUAAAACUGAGUGGGGAGAGCCAGUGGGUUUAUUUUGUCAUUACAUCGCCAUUCAAUCGAAGCCAUCCAAUCCAUAUACAUGGUCACGACUUUUGGGUACUAGCAGCGGGCACAGGCGCCUACCAGAGCAAUCUUUCCUUGCAAUUUGUUAACGGACCGCGCCGCGACGUUGUAAUGAUGCCUGCCGUGGGCUAUAUAGUCCUUGCAAUACUUACAGAUAAUCCAGGGGCCUGGCUCGUUCACUGCCAUAUUGCAUGGCACGCCUCUGAAGGAUUUGCCCUUCAGUUCUUGGAGCGAGAGGACGAAAUAGAAUCAACACCAGGCAUUGUCGACACAAAGAGUCUCAACGAACUAUGUGAGGCUUGGGACAAGCAUAUAGAUAAAGUCGGCAUACUUCAGGAUGACUCAGGGGUCUAA